GCUAAAGAUGAGAAGAAAGUGGAGAUUGGAGAACUUUCACUUUAUCUUUUUCACUGUGCUCUGUCUCCUUUUCCUAGACGGAGGUAAACUAGAACAAGUAAAACAUUCAGACACGUACUGUGUGUUUCAAGACAAGAAGUACCGUGUAGGGGAGAGAUGGCACCCUUACCUGGAGCCCUACGGCCUUGUUUACUGCGUUAACUGCCUCUGCUCAGAGAAUGGAAACGUGCUGUGCAGCAGGAUACGAUGCCCAAGCCUACACUGUCCUUCUCCCGUGCACGUACCCCAGCUGUGCUGCCCCCGAUGCCCAGAAGACUCCCUUUUCUCAGUGAGCAGCAAAAUCACGGGCAAAUCCUGCGAGUACAACGGCACCACCUACCACCAUGGUGAAAUGUUUGUGGCUGAGGGGCUCUUCCAGAACCGGCAAGCGAACCAGUGCGCCCAGUGCAGCUGCUCCGAAGGGAAUGUGUACUGUGGGCUGAAGACGUGUCCCAAAUUAACUUGCUCUUUCCCAGUUUCUGUCCCGGAGUCCUGCUGUCCCGUUUGCAGAGGAGAUGGAGAAUUAUCCUGGGAGCACUCCGACGGAGACAUCUUCCGGCAGCCGGCCAACAGGGAAGCUAGACACUCGUACCCCCGCUCGCACUACGAGCCGCUGCCCAGCUCGGGCAGGCAGGCGGGCGGCGCCCCUCGCUUCCCGGGCGCCAGGAGCAACCGCGGCGUCCUGCCCGACCCCCAGCAGGCGUCGGGAACCAUCGUGCAGAUCGUCCUCAACAACAAGCAUAAGCAUGGGCGAGUGUGUGUUUCAAACGGCAAAACAUACUCACAUGGUGAAUCUUGGCAUCCUAAUCUCCGGGCCUUUGGAAUUGUAGAGUGUGUGUUAUGCACCUGCAACGUCACCAAACAAGAAUGUAAGAAAAUUCAUUGUCCAGAACAAUAUCCCUGCAAAUACCCUCAGAAGGUAGAAGGAAAAUGCUGUAAAGUCUGUCCAGAAGAAGUGCCAAGUCAGAACUUUGACAACAAAGAUUAUUUCUGUGGCAAAGAGACAUUGCCUGUCUAUGAAUCCGUUUUCACAGAGGAAGGGGAAACCAUCAGAAAAAUUGCAGUAGAGACUGAAAAGCCACCUCAAAUAGAAAUACAUGUGUGGACAAUUAGAAAAGGGAUCCUGCGCCACUUCUACAUCGAGAAAAUAUCCAAGAGCGAAUUUGAAGAACUUCCCUACUUCAAGCAGAUAACAAGAACAACCCCUAGCCAGUGGAAAAUAUUUAGCGAGGGAGAAGCUCAGAUCAGCCAAAUGUGUGAAAGCAGAGUGUGCAGGACUGAGCUCGAGGAUUUGGUAAAGGUUUUGUACCUUGAGAAGUCUGAAAAGGGUCACUGUUAAGGGAGACAGCACUGGAGGGAGAAACACAAGAAAACUUAUGAAAACUUGGAUCUGCAGCUGGACUGCAGGCUUAUUUUGCUUAAGUCAACAGUUGCCCUAAAACCCAAAACUAUAAUGCAGUAAUUAUUCACAUCAUGCACAGCAAAUUUGCUGCUUUAUGUGUAGUGGUCUGUGUCAACCGUUUAAAUAUCUCCUCAAAAAGACUAGGAGGCUCUGUAUUACUGGUGGGGGAAGGAGAAAGAGACUGUAGUUUCUUAGAGUUGCAUUUCUUUACAAGUUAAAAAAAGAAAACAGAACAUUUUUAUUAUUAUUAUUUGGCAAGUUAUUCAAACUAAAAAGAAGGACACUUAAUAAAUGUGCAGGAGCUACGAAGAGUAUUAUUUCCUGUGCUGAGUUUAUUCCGUUUCUGGUGUUAAAAUGACUCACAGAUUUUUAGAAGGGGAGGAAAAACACAAAUGAUACAAUACUUAUGUUGGAGACAUAAAAAACAGAUUUAAGCUAACAAACUUGUAAGCAGCCUGCCUUUGGGAUGAUGUCUUACAAUUGAGCAAACUGAGUCCAUAAACUGAACAGCAGGUGUUAGUGGCAAUCACUGUAUUUUCGUAGCAAUUUGAGAAAAUGUUCACUUUUAAGUGGUUUUCACUCAGUUUCUACCUCCCACUUCUCUAAAUAAAAUGUAACGUGUUAGCUCCCUAUCACAGCCCUAAUAACUUCAUUCUUGUGGGCCCUAUUAACACAGGUCUUGGCUGAUACCCUGCCUUACCCAGCAUGUGGUGGAAGGUGGGCAAGUAUUCCCAGCACUUCCAAAACUCUUAGUGGGUUAAACCUCCCCACUAAUAACUCCUUAGGAUUGUGACCUUCCUCCACUGAUGCUUUCCAAUUUGGAUCCAAAGUGCAGAAGUGCUGCAUUUUCUCAUGGUGGCCUCUCAAUUCUCCAGCAAACUUUGAGGACAAACCUCCCCCAUGACAAAUACCAAGCUGCUGUAGCGGGCCUUUAGGGCAGAGUAGCUUUGUGCAAGUUGCUUUCUUCCUGAAAAACAAAGCUGAGAUAGGCAGUUGGAAGGUGAAAUGGAGUAUAGUGGGCCCAUGGUGUGUUUAAGGAAGGUGGCUGCCAUCUCCAGAAAAAGAAGUACAAGGCCAUCACUUCGAAAAAUGCUAUAUCUGAAGAGACAACAAAAUCAUGCAGAGCGGCUUGUGGCUGCACUCCUGGAUUCAUUCCCAAGAUGAAGGUGCCUCCUGCCAGUCUUUGUCCCAUUUUCUGCUCCACAAGCAAAGAUCCUGCUGCUCUGGCCCACGUUGGGAAGCACAGCUCCAUGGAACAGUCUGUGCCAGGGCUGGGUCCUCCUGCGGAGCGAAAUGAGCACGGGGACCAGGAGAGCUGUCACUCUGCGGAGGGGCUCCCGGGCCAGGCCCCUGCCUGGGCUGCCUGCAGCGCCAGAGGCUUGGAGAUGAGGAGGCAUCUGAGCAGGGCAGACACGAGCGUGAUGGAAAAGGCAAAGGAAAUCUGGAAAAUGUAUAGAAGGUGGACUUUCUAAUUCUCAGUCCUUUGUGAUUCUGCCUAUAUAUAACCACCACGUUGUCCCUAGGCCAGGAUAGAGAGUAGAUAGUGACAUUUCCCUCGCUGCAAUGUGCUAAGAAUGGUCCACUGCAUACCACAAAAACAUGCUAAAAAGAGAGCUCCUCCAGGAUGCAGCUGGAUUGGCAAGAACAAAACAAUCUCUUCAUAUCACUAGGACCUUACAGAAGAAGCAAGACCAAGAACUGAUGUCAUGCUACAUAUCUGAAGUCUUAGCUAGCAUGUGGCCAUUAGAAGCUCUAUACCGCUUUUCAUAGAAAGGAGAGUUAAGUGAAUUGUCCCAACCAAAUUUCCAGUGGGAACAUAGCCUUCUGCCUUCACCCAUUCGGUCUCAGUGGCUGAAAGGGAUACAGUGUGUCCUAAGCCCUGUCACACUGCUGUGGGCUCUGUAGCAGUUUCACACCUGAACUUAUCACAAUGCAAUUGGAGGAGAAAGAGUUUACCCAGAACUGGGGCGUCUGCUGGGCUGAAAUGUGCUGUAGAAGUACUAGAUUCCACUA